AUGCCUCCAAAAGUCGCAGCUAAACCCAGGUCUAAGCCUUCCGUUGACCAUGUAACUUACCAAGAUAUGAUUACCGAUGCGAUCAUCACACUGAAAGAACGAAAUGGCUCAAGUCGCGUCGCCUUGAAGAAAUAUAUAAAGGCGAACUACAAGAACGUAGUGGACGGAAAACUAUUUGAUUCACUUUUUAACCGGGCUCUUAAGUCUGGUGUAGAGAAAGGGCUAUUCGCGCAGCCUAAAGGCUCUUCUGGUGGGACAAAACUAGCCAAAAAGGAACCAAAGCCGGCCGCAGCUAAGGCGGUAUCAAAGGCAGCAGACGCAAAGGCCACAGACAAAAAAGUUGUCGCCAAGAAAUCUACUGCUACCAAGAAAGCUCCAGCUAAAAAGGCUGCUUCUGCCAAAGCCGACGCGGUUCCUAAACCCAAAGCUGUAGCUACCAAGGCCGCAUCAAAGCCAAGAAGAGCUCCCGCCAAAGAAGCAGCUCCCGUAACACCCGAAAAAGCCGUCAGUAAAGUCAAGACAGGACGCGUUACUAAAGCUGCUCAAAAACCUCUUGCCAGAAAGGUACUACCUAAAAAGAAGCCUACGGCCAAGAAGCCCUUGCCAAAAAAGAGUGCUGCAUGA